GGUUCGAGUGACGUGGAUUGCCAGCGCAGCAGGUGGUCUUCAGCGAGCUUCGACCCGCCAGAGAAGGUCGCGACCGUGCGCCUUGCGUUCUGGUCACGCGCGUCCAUUGGACCUCGUACGACGGCUGGUGAAGACAAGCCAGAGGAUCACAUCAUCACUGCGUGGUGCAAAACAGGGAGGCGCACGAAUGCGUAGUAACGUGACUGGAACUGCCCACAGGCCGAAAAUCCUCCCAGUUUUGGGCGCCGACCUUUCUGGGCCGCCUUUUCCGACCGCGCACGCGUGGUCGUGCGCUGAUAGGAUUGGCCAAAACACGCAUUCAGAGCCAAUCCAAAGCAGCGUCAUACAAAGGAGCUGUGUAAUGGCGAUGGGACUUUGCAGGGCUGCUACACAAGCACGCAUGGUCGGGCCCGGUACCAACCACAAGGCGAAGCGAACGCACUGGGACGACGAGAUCGUGGAGAGCGCGGCCGUCGGCGCCACGUGCUCGCAAGGUCUCUGGGUCGAGUGCGCGCUCUGCGCCGACAAGGCGGGCCAACCGGCGCGCAUUGCAAGCGACAAUCCGUUUGGCCUAAAAAAAUGGAGGCGCCAUGAAGCGAGCAUGGUGCACCUGCGCCACCUCGGCGAACUGGAAGGCGACGUGUCGACGAAUACGGUGGCGAGUCUCCUCGAGCUCUCAGCGGGUGGCAUGCAGUGCCCAGGUAUUUACAACGGCGAGGCCAAGCACCUGCGGCUGAUGAUGCAGUUUGGCGACAUCAAGGACGACCGCAUUGCGAUCGUCGUUGACGACGAGCUCGCUGGCGCCUUCAGCCUCGAGUGCACCAAGGCGGCGCAUGCCCGGCGCUUCCCGCGCAAGAAGUCAACCAAGCACCAGCUGAAGGGUGCGUGCGCGGCUUGCUUUACGCUCGCGGGCGACGUGUGCGACAGCUUUUGCAAGCGCGUCGACAAGAUGGUGCGCGUCGAGCUCGUGCUGGACGCAAUGCUGUCGGGCGAAACCAACGCCGCCGCGCGCAAGGCGAUCAUCGACUUUACAAAGAGCAAUCAGAAGGCCAACCCGAACUGGAACCAUCUCUUGGCAAAGACGAAAGCGUACAAGCAGUCCCUGUCUCGUCGCGAUAGUCUGGUACGGAGCUAAUGCCACGAGAUGUCUUGGUCUCA